AGCAAGAGAAUGAGGCUCUGUUGUGUAAAGUGGAUGAGAUGGAGAGAGCAAAGAUCUCUGCCCAGGAGAAGCUGAGCUUGUGUGAAAGAACAAAGAGCGAGCUCUGUGCAGAGAAAGGCCACCUGGAGCAGCUGCUGAAGAAAGCAGAGGAGCAACAAGAGGAGCUGCGGGUAGAGCUGGGGGUCCUGGCAGAGGAGAAGGAAGAAGCCCAAGAGAAACUCCUUGAGGUUUCCCGCCAGCAAGAGUCGUCUCGCAGUGGCCUGGAGCAGUUGCGCCAGGAGUCCUCUCGCCAAGGGCACGCGCUGGCCGAGGUGUGCGCAGAGAAGGAGUUGCUGGUGCGGGAGAAGGCUGCCCUGGAGGUGCGACUGGCAGCCCUGGAGCGGGAGAGACGAGGCCUUUCGGAGCAGCUGGCAGAGGCCAGGUCAGGGAAGGAGACCCUGGAAUGCAGCCUGUUGGAGGCUCAGCAGCACUUGUCUGAGCUGGAGAUCAGCAGGAGUCAUCUCGAAACCCAGCUCCACGCGGUGGCGCAGGCCAAGGAGGUGAUCCAAGGUGAGAGCCUCCCGUUUCUGGUGACCCCGUGCCUGGGGAAGGUGGUAUGAAAGCAGCUCUCUGUCCGCAGUGCUUCUGAGGAGUGAAGGAGCUGGAGACAGACCCCUCCUCCACGGAAACUCAAAGGGCGUAAGGUCAGUAAAGUCAGAGCCGCUGUUUGUGCAGACUCUGACUCUUGCCAUUUGUCGUGUUUGCAGGGGAAGUGAAGUGCCUUCAGUGGGAGCUGGAAGCGGAGAGGUCUCUCCUGAAGCGGGAACGGCAAAACAUGGCGCAAGAGCUCCUGCAGAAAGAAGA